AUGAUGACGAUUCCCGAGCCGAUCCAUGAAGUGAUGGUGCUCCAAACGGCAGCUAUCUUUCCCGUGAUGAAGUCGAAAAUUCCUCCUUCCCCGAUCUUCUGAGUGAAUUCCGCAAACCGAUCCCGAAGUCCAGACGCAUCGAACGUUGCUUCUUCCGCCAGUUCUCCUUGCAAGGAGAAUUCCUGCUUAACUGUUCCACACGAAAUGGAACACGUUUCCUCGAUCUUCCGCUGGGUCGAAUGGAAAUUGAUUUUCCCUCGCACUCCGUUGAUACCGCAUUCUAGAAAAUCCACUCCAAUCGUCGGGCACUUGACUGUCGACGUCUGUUGCGCAGGCGGGAACGCCCACCAAAGGGAUGGUGGGUGAAUUUCAAUGUGCAACCUAUCAAGACGCUCUAAACUUCCGAUGUGGAUUCGAUGAGCAUUUGUGCAGUUGCAUCGCGCAAGGAACCGUGCUCAGAUGUCCGUGUCGACACAUUCACCUCGAUGCGGUGCUCAAGAAGACGCUACUACCGAGAAGUGAAGCAGGGAUCGCCAUACUAACGGAAGGAGGACUGAUCAAAACGAAGCUGACAACGAGUUCUUUGGUUUCGAUUCAACUACAGUUCAGGAAUCAAUCGAUUCAUCGGAUCGUGAAAGACGACAACUGCAGCAUUGCAACGACGACGAUCACGGGUUGCUUCUCCUGUGGAAAAGGAGCGUUGUUGACUGCGACGUGUACCUCCAGGUUCACAAAAGGAUCGAAGCGACAGUCAAGUGCCCGACGAUUGGAGUGGAUUUUCUAGAAUGCGGUAUCAACGGAGUGCGAGGGAAAAUCAAUUUCCAUUCGACCCAACGGAAGAUCGAGGAAACGUGUUCCAUUUCGUGUGGAACAGUUAAGCAGGAAUUAUCCUUGCAAGGAGAACUGGCGGAAGAAGCAACGUUCGAUGCGUCUGGACUUCGAGAUCGGUUUGCGGAAUUCACUCAGAAGAUCGGGGAAGGAGGAAUUUUCGACUUCAUCACGGGAAAGAUAGCUGCCGUUUGGAGCACCAUCACUUCAUGGAUCGGCUCGGGAAUCGUCAUCAUGGUUGUGCUGGUUAUCGGAGGAGUAUGUUGUGUCCAGUGUGUCGGAGGAACGUCGGUUGGCUGGCGUUACAUUCCCUUGGCCCGGGAGUGUCGCAGGUCUCGAUAUCGACGACGGAGGAGAUGAUCAAUGACCACAGAACAGAGCAUUCCCAUCGACUCUCACGAUAAUAAUAACCAUCCCCAUUCCUCACCGUUCCCAGGCACAUUCACGGUGAUUCGAUUAGCGGAACUCCGUUAAAUACCCCGGAAUCGCUCUUCUCAGGAUAUUCUCUUCUAUUCUUUCUUCUACUUUCUACAUUCUUCGACUUCUACGAUUCCUUCCGAAUAAAUCGUUACACCAUAGCCCGCACCUGUUUGUUCAUGCGAGCCUUAUUAGCAGACUGGACAUCAUCGUGUGUGCGUUGUUGUCUUCUAGGCCAGUUCUGGCCUGGCUGCUGCAAUACAAAGACGUGUGAAACUUUUUUUAGAAUAAACUUACAAUUGGCCGUUUACAUAAUCACGGAAGAGCACGGGGAUGGUGUUCGAGAUGGAAGCCGGACUCAGUUCCUCGGCCGCCUCAAGCACAAUCGCUGCGAUGAGCACGUCUGAAAUGUGCGCUUAAAAUUAAAAGUAGUCAGUUUGGAAACAUACCGCACGGAGCAUUGACGAGAUCGGAAGAGAAUGAGAUCUAGAUCGAUUUCUGGAGGGAGAGGAAGGACUCCGCGCACUAAAAUGAAAUUCGUCUUGUUAAAAGUUCAUGUAUAGAGACUUCCGCAAAGUUGUCGAGUCGUUUAUCUUGAUCAGUGUCCCCUGGUUCCGGCAGUAGCUACUGGAGCCUCUCGAUGAGUGCCCACGAAGUGCGUAGACCUUGCGACGUGCCUGGAAAAGUGCCAAAAAUGAGUAGAAAAGAAUGGGUAACGGACUCGCAAAGUCGUCGUGAUUGGAUGAUCUCGCAGGUCACAGUAUAAUCUUUCCAAACGACGUCUUUCUGCAAUGCGGUACAGACGUGCUAGAAAAUUGAAUCAUGAACUGCUGCCGUCGGUUCGUACUCGGCAACGUACACAGCUGCCAGUUUAACAUUCUCUAUGCGAUUCCUGUGCCGAUCGGGAAGAUCCAGAGGAAAAGUGAAUGGCCAAACUUUGAACCUGAAAACAAUCGUACAGAACAAUUACAUUAUCUCAUUAUUAUCUGAUUUUAACUUCCGUUCGUGCUCAUCGCGAUUCCGUCGAAUGAACACAUAAAAUGAAUGCGAAUCGAAUUGGGACAAGCGUCAUAAACAAGGAGAUACCGUAACACUCCCUCGGACAUCAGUGAAGACGACGUCCAUCCUUUGAAGAUGUCUGUUUGGCAUUCAACGAUGAUUCACCCAUUUUCACACUUUUCAGCUAUGUCUAAUGCACCUUUCCUAUGGAAUUUUCAAAAGUUCGAAAAAGAUGUCGCCGAACAGUUCGAUAAACAUGCUGAUGAGAAUAGUCGAUCAUCAGAUGAUAUGCGUCAGAUCGAAAAGUCAAUUCAUGCCGUAAAUGAGUGUUCUGCCGAGCAAACGCCUCGUGUGCCUAGAGGUAGCUCACAAAAUGCUUCUUCCGCGACGUUACUGAUUUCUUUCAGACGUCUUCUCGUCAGUUUUCCAUGUGAUAUUUCGCGACGACUUGCGGGAUUCAGUCUGCUGCUGAAAAAAUUGUGAUUUCUGAAUGGAAAUGAGAAGAGAACAAAGAGUGAGAAACAAAUGGAAUCGGAUGAUGACUACUCGCGGAGAAGAAAAAGACCUAAGGAAAUUAAAAAGAUGUCAGGCACGGAGGAUGGCUAAAAACACAAUAAGAAGAGAAAGUAAGCAGGAAUUUCAAAGUAAGAAGCUGCGAAACCUGGAAAAUGUGUACAUUUAUAACUAAUCUGGCUUUUCCUCUCAUUUCUGGUUGCUCUGGUAAUCUCUCGGAUGCUUUAAGGAGAAGAAAUGUGAAUGCGAUCGAAUUUGAGAAAAUGAGUCAAAAGAAUUCGUCCAGGUUCAACUGAAAUUUUGACUAUUCUUCUCGAAAAACAAGAUUUUAUCCCUUUUCUGAGAAGCCUCGUAUCUCUAAUUUAUAAUCCGUUCUUGAGUAUUACGAGAAAUUUGAUUUCGUAGCGAUUUCAACGUUUUCGUGGCACUUGAAGUUGUCCAGAAACUUAGAACAUGUGAUGUACUCAAAUCUAUAAAUAUACUCUGGAUUCCCAACACGACAAUCCUGUUAUUCGAUGUAUUCAAGUCAGAAUCCAUAAUUAUGUGUAUAUCUGAGUUCAUUUGCACACACACUUUCUGAGAAUUCCAUCUGAACGGGACAGUUCCCCCGAGUGUGCGCCCACUCACUUUUCACGCGCUUUCGCUCUCUCUCUUUCUUUCAGAAGACGUCGUGCACGUCUUCCGGUCUCAAUUAUAAAUACACUUGCUUAUACUUUUACUCACUUCCCAACAUGCUCAUCUCGCUCCUCAACUUUCCCAUUUUUCAGUUUUCGAUUUUUCCAUUCAUCUUCUUCCUUUCAGUUUCCCAUUCGAACCAUGCUUCUCGCCUAUUUCCUUCUGAUUCUGCUCGCCACGUCAUCCGCAAUCGCCACGUCAUCGGGGGCGAAGAAUUCGUUGUUCAAGCCAUCUUCGGUCGCUUUCCGUGCUCAGUGCAAAAUGAUGUGCUCCGAGUUGUGCUCGCCGGUUUUGGUAGGCACAUAAUACUAUUAAUGAAAUGUGCAUGAGCAAUGAGAUUUGAUUCCAGGGCGUCUGUGAUCGGUACAACAAGUGCGUUUGUCUCAACAACUAUCGCGUCGUCUGA